AUGGGAGAUAGCAUUCAGCACGAGCCAAAGGGCAUUUCUCUCCAAGAAGAUCCGUCCCGCCCGGACUACAUCAACGAGGCUGUCUUUCGGAGAAACACCCUCCCCACUCGUUCGUAUCAUAUUCCUGAUACUUCAAUCUCACUGAACGGAACAUGGGACUUUUCUCUCGCUGGCACAGUUCUGGAAGCACCUGAACCCGGCGCAAAAGAUGUCGCUUAUGGUCAGAUCCAAGUCCCCGGUCAUUGGCAGCUUCAGGGUCACGGAAAGCCCUGGUACACCAACGUUCAGUACCCAAUUCCUGUCUGCCCGCCAUAUGUUCCUACCGAAAAUCCUACAGGAACAUAUCGUCGAGAAUUUCAUGUCCCGACGGGUUGGGCUGCGGAUUCUCAACUGAGAUUGCGCUUCGAUGGCGUUGAUAGCGCUUAUCAUAUUUGGGUCAACGGUACCUUGAUCGGGUACGCUCAAGGUUCAAGAAAUCCUUCUGAAUUUGACGUUUCAUCGUUUGUCAACCGCGAGGGCCCGAAUGAGCUCUUUGUUAGGGUAUAUCAAUGGUCUGAUGCGACGUACAUCGAAGAUCAGGACCAAUGGUGGCUGUCAGGCAUCUUCCGAGAUGUGUAUCUCAUUUCCUUCCCAGCUGCCAGAAUCGAUGAUUUCUUCCUCACGCCACACCUUGACGCUGACUACAAGAACGCCAAGCUAAACGCAUCCGUCGAUGUCUCUGCUCAAAAAGGCGUCGUUGUUGAGCUCACAGUCUCUGAGCUUGCAAAGAACGGAGGCGCUGUUAUUGGGUCUACUGAGACCUCUUUCGAUGGACAGUCAAAAGCUGCUCUCAGUCUUGAUGUCGAGGAUCCCAAGAAAUGGACAGCAGAGACACCAUACCUGUAUUCAGUAGAGAUAACACUCAAGUCUGCAGACAAGCAGACUGUUCUUCACAAAGUCCAGCAACGCAUUGGAUUCAGAACGGUCGAGCUGAAGGAUGGCCUAAUGAAGGUCAAUGGUAAACGCAUUCGUCUCCGAGGUGUCAACCGUCACGAGCAUCACCCUCUUCUCGGCCGCUCCGUUCCUCUAGAGUUCGCCAAGCGUGAUCUUCUCAUUAUGAAGAAGCACAACAUCAACGCUCUUCGAUGCGCUCACCAGCCUCAUGACCCUCGCGUUCUAGACCUUUGCGACGAGUAUGGCCUCUGGGUUAUGGCUGAAGCUGAUCUUGAGUGCCACGGCUUCUACGAUGCUGUUGCUCGACCUCUCGACAUUCCUGAGUCAAUGGACUACGGCGAGCGAAAGAAGCUUGCUUUCGGAAAGGCUGCCGAGUUCACCUCAAACAACCCCAAGUGGAAGGACGCUUACCUUGACCGUAUCCGGGCUGUCUUGAACCGUGACAAGAAUCACGCCAGUGUUAUCAUGUGGAGUUUCGGUAACGAGGCCUUCUAUGGUGAUAACCACAGAGAGAUGUUCAAGUACGCUACUGAAGCUGAUCCUUCGCGGCUUAUCCACUACGAGGGAGAUAUGGAGGCCGAAACAACACAUAUGUAUAGUUAUAUGUAUCCCACGGUUGACCGCUUGAUCAAGUACGCCGAAGAAGAGGGCGUCAAGGACGGCAAGUACGAGAAGCCCAUCGUUCUCUGUGAGUAUGGACAUGCCAUGGGUAACGGACCCGGUUGGCUGGAGGACUAUGAGCAAGCAUUCCGCGACUAUCCUCGUCUCCAAGGUGGCUUCCUCUGGGAGUGGGCAAACCACGGUCUGUGGAAGGAUGACCAUGAGGGGGCAGGAUAUUACGCUUACGGCGGUGACUUUGGUGACACACCCAACGAUGGAACCUUUGUCAUGGAUGGCCUGCUGAACAGUCAGCAUGAGCCUACCCCUGGUCUCACCGAGUUCAAGAAGGUUAUUCAACCUGUUGGCUUCUCCUUCAACGAUGGAGAGCUGAAGAUCGAGAACUGGCAUGAUUUUGCUGGUCUAGACCACUUGACUGCAUCUUACAAGGUGGAGCAGUUUGGUCAAGAGUCAACACUAAUUCACUCGGGGUCAUUCGACAUCCCUGAGAUUCCAGCUGGCGAGACACGUUCUGUACCUCUUCCAGUCGACGCCAAGCGAUACAACAAGGACAGUGAGGUCUACCUUACAGUGACACUAUCCCUCAAGCACUCCACCGCUUGGGCGCCCGCUGGCCACGAGAUAGCUUGGUAUCAGCAGCAGCUCCAGGCUCCACAGACUGAUCCCAAGGCUGCUCUCGCCGCAAGCAACACCCUCACUUCUAAAUUGUCGGUGACCGAGAAGGGCGCUACUGUGUCAGUCGUUGGCAAGAACUUUGAGUUUGCCUUUGAUCGCGCUUAUGGUGCUCUCAAGAGCUGGGUCUCAAACAACGUGACUCUCCUCACCUUUGACCCAAAGACCCAAGCUGCUAUCAUCCCAUCGUUCUGGCGCCCCAAAACAGACAACGACGUCCCUGGAGCCGUUCCCUACUGGGAGCGAUUUGGUGUUGAGCAACUACAAUCUCAACUUCGAUCUUUCUCCGUUGAUGCCUCUAGCUCAGACAAGGUGGUUGUGAAGUCACAUACCUUCAUCACUCCUCCAGUUCUGUUCUGGGGAUGGGACUGUGAGAUUGAGUACACGGUGUAUCUCACCGGAGCCCUCAGUGUUAAUGUCAAGCGUCUGUCGCCGACAGGAUCCUUCCCUGAGCAUGUUCCAAGAAUUGGUCUUAACCUCUAUGGUAGCAAGACCCUAGAGCAUGUCAAGUGGCUGGGCCGCGGACCCGGAGAAAGCUACCCCGACAAGAAGGAUUCCCAACGCGUUGGGAUCUGGAACGUCGAGUCUGUUUCCGAGCUCCAGACUCCUUACGACGUUCCUCAAGAGAACGGUAACAGAGAGGACACACGAUGGGUUUCCCUUCGGGACUCCAAGUCUCCAAGCAUCGGACUUCGUGCGACACGUUUGGAUGGAAAGAACUUCAGCUUCUUGGCGUCACACCACAGGGACACGACUAUUCACGAGGCUAGACAUCCUCCUGAUCUGAGAGAGGAUGAUGCGGUGUUUAUUAGGCUGGAUAGCAAGGUUGCUGGUGUUGGAUCGGGUGCCUGUGGACCCGCUGUUCGUGAAGACCUCAUGGUUAAGACUGAGGAGACGACUUUUGGAUUCCUGCUGGAGCCGCUAUGA